UUAGCCCUUUGUCCGUUCGUUAUUGGACAGCCACCGGCAUUUACUGUCUAUGUAGGGUUUGGAUUUAGCUUGCUACUCCAAUAUUCAUUCCAAGAGUCAAAGCUUGACACUCUCCCGCGCCGCCCCCAAAUCCCAACAUCUCUUUUCAGCCAAGCAGCUAUCUUUGGCUAUUGGUUGGGUGUAUCCUUAAUUUUGAAGCCUGCUAUCAUGGCCAGUAAAGAUUCAAAUAAAGGAAAAAAGAAAGAAGUCAAGAAAGAGACAGGUCUUGGUCAGGGAAAAAAGAAAGAAGUUAAGAAAGAGACAGGUCUUGGUCUCUCUUACAAAAAGGAUGAAAAUUUUGGAGAGUGGUAUUCUGAGGUUGUCGUUAGUGGUGAAAUGAUCGAGUACUACGACAUAUCUGGCUGUUAUAUUCUACGGCCAUGGGCAAUGUCUAUCUGGGAGAUAUUGCAGGCGUUUUUUGAUGCUGAAAUUAAGAAAAUGAAGAUACAGAACUCUUACUUUCCUCUGUUUGUGUCCCCUGGUGUUCUACAAAAGGAAAAGGACCACAUAGAGGGAUUUGCUCCUGAGGUUGCUUGGGUUACGAAAUCUGGUGAAUCUGAUUUGGAAGUACCCAUUGCAAUUCGACCAACUAGUGAAACAGUGAUGUAUCCAUACUUCUCUAAGUGGAUAAGGGGACAUCGUGACUUGCCCUUGAGACUCAACCAGUGGUGCAAUGUUGUACGAUGGGAGUUUAGCAACCCUACCCCCUUCAUCAGGAGUCGUGAGUUUCUCUGGCAAGAAGGACACACUGCUUUUGCAACAAAGGAGGAAGCAGAUACAGAGGUUCUUGAUAUCUUGGAAUUGUAUAGACGUAUAUAUGAAGAAUUUUUAGCCGUUCCAGUCAGUAAGGGAAAGAAAAGUGAGCUUGAGAAGUUUGCCGGUGGACUCUACACGACUACAGUUGAGGCUUUUAUCCCUAAUACUGGCCGUGGUAUCCAAGGUGCAACUUCACACUGUUUAGGCCAGAAUUUUGCAAAAAUGUUUGAGAUAAAUUUUGAAAAUGAGAAGGGAGAGAAGGCUAUGGUCUGGCAGAACUCAUGGGCCUAUACUACUAGAACAAUCGGUGUUAUGAUCAUGGUUCAUGGGGAUGACAAAGGCCUGGUCUUACCUCCUAAAGUAGCAUCAACUCAAGUAAUUGUUAUUCCUGUGCCAUACAAGGAUGCAAAUACUCAAGGGAUCUUUGAUGCCUGUGCUGCUACCGUUGAGAAGUUGAAUGAAUCAGGUAUUCGUGCUGAGGCAGACUUCAGAGAUAACUAUUCACCUGGCUGGAAAUAUUCUCAUUGGGAAAUGAAGGGGGUUCCUCUUAGGAUUGAAAUAGGACCAAAAGACCUUGCAAAUAACCAGGUACGAGCUGUUCGACGUGACAACGGAGCCAAAACAGAUAUUCCCAUGGAUAAUCUUGUCGAACAACUAAAAGAUCUGCUCGCCACUAUCCAACAAAAUCUAUUUGAUGUUGCGAAACAAAAGAGAGAUGCCUGCGUUCAGAUUGUAAGAACUUGGGAUGAAUUUACGGUAGCACUGGGCCAAAAGAAAUUGGUCUUGGCUCCUUGGUGUGAUGAGGAGGAUGUCGAGAAAGAUGUCAAGGCACGCACUAAAGGGGAGAUGGGUGCAGCAAAGACUCUUUGCUCUCCAUUUGACCAGCCUGAGCUGCCUGAAGGUACAUUGUGCUUCGCAUCAGGUAAACCUGCUAAGAAGUGGACAUACUGGGGCCGCAGCUAUUGAUGUUCCAUUUUGAAGCUUUUCUACCUUUCUCCCUUUUUUUAUUUGAGAGUAAAAUUCAUAUUUGAUAAUUAUACAAGGAAAUUACAUUCUUAAAGAAGUGAUUUUGAUUUGAGUUCCAAGAUUUGGUGAAGUUACUAAACAGAUUUUGAGUUCCUAACUUGUGCGCAAUGCUGGAUAACUCAGCCAUUUUAAUAUUCUAGUACUCCAUUAAUUUA